AUGGGCUCCAACAUCCCCUCUCUCCAGGUGAAAAAGCUCGUCGACACCGCCCGCGCCCCGACCCGUGGCUCUGCUUUCGCCGCAGGCUACGACAUCUACAGUGCAAAGGAAACCGUCAUCCCAGCAAAGGGAAAGGCACUCGUUGACACAGGAAUCGCCAUUGCUGUUCCCGAGGGGACAUACGGCCGCGUCGCGCCCCGAAGCGGACUCGCAUCGAAGCACUUCAUCGAUACCGGCGCUGGCGUGAUUGAUGCUGACUACAGAGGCGAGGUCAAGGUUCUGCUGUUUAACUUUUCCGAUGUGGAUUUCACGAUCAACGAGGGGGACCGUAUUGCGCAGCUUGUUUUGGAGAGGAUUUACACACCCGAGGUCGAGGUUGUUGAGGAGUUGGCGGAGAGUGUUCGAGGAGCUGGUGGGUUUGGAAGUACCGGGAACUAA